CACUGCGCGCGAUACACACGGAGACGACGUUCCCGCAGAGCCAGCGCAUGUACCGAUUCUCCAGCCAGCCUGUCCUAAAACUUCUCCUGCUGAACAGUACACACUUUAGAAAUAUGACACUAAUCCUGGAAAAUCUGGUUUUGCGCUGUCACAUUUGAGUUUGCUUUCUUUGACCAAAGCAUUUGCGUAUUUCGUUAACGUUUACGCUACUCUCAGAACAGUCUAGUAGUUUUGAAGUCUUGCAAAAGUAUGAACAAGAAGAGGCGACCUGAGUUGCGGCAACUCUCUGUCGUGGGAUAAACAUCGCUUGUGGAUUAAAACGUGAAUUCAUGAGGAAUUUAAGAGGCGACGAGGAGAACGAAGACCGGGCACAGCGCUUCCUCCUUAGGAACUGACUGACCAUGGUCGCCGUGGUCCGCGCUCUCACAGUGCUGUUGCUCGGUCAGGUGUUGCUGGGAGGUGCCUCUGGACUCAUUCUUGAGAUCGACCGACGGAAAUACGGUGAUUCGGGGAGACACGCGCCGGAGCGGUCCGACAUAAACUCUCUAAGCGAGUUCGAGCUUCGGCUGCUCAAUAUGUUCGGACUGAAGCGUAGACCCACGCCGAGCAAAUCGGCGGUGGUUCCUCAGUACAUGCUGGACCUGUAUUAUAUGCACUCUGAGAACGAUGACCAGAACGCGCGGCGCCCGAGAAGCGCAAUGGGAACGCACGCGGAACGGGCGGCCAGCAGAGCGAACACUAUACGAAGUUUUCAUCACGACGAGGCUUUGGAGGCACUGUCCAACAUGAAAGGAAAAACAACUCAGCAGUUUUUCUUCAACUUAACCUCCGUUCCCAUCGAGGAGCUAAUCACCGCUGCAGAACUACGUAUUUUCAGGGACCAGGUUCUUAGUGACACAACAGCCCCGACCAAUAGCAGUGGUGCAGGUGGCUUCCACCGAAUUAAUAUAUACGAGGUGUUUAGGCCAGCACUGUCCCCCUCCAAAGAGCCUCUUACUAGACUUCUAGACACCCGUCUUGUGCAGGACUCUCACACACGUUGGGAGAGCUUUGACGUGGGCUCUGCUGUGGCACGCUGGGCGCGUGACUCCAGGCAUAACCACGGGCUCUUGGUGGAGGUGCUCCACCCUGAGGAGUCGGAAGGACCAGAGGAGGCCAAGAGGAACCGGAGGAGGCAUGUAAGGGUGAGUCGUUCCCUCCAUGGCGAUGAGGACUCGUGGUCGCAAGCCCGACCCCUGCUGGUCACAUACAGCCAUGACAGCCAGGGCAACGCUGUCCUUCAUUCCAACCGAGAGAAGCGGCAGGCACGGCGAGGGCCAAAGCAGCGCAGGAAACAGCACCAGCGCACGAACUGCAGGCGGCACACCCUCUAUGUGGACUUCAGUGACGUGGGCUGGAACGAGUGGAUUGUGGCACCGCCCGGCUAUCACGCUUUCUACUGUCACGGCGAGUGUCCCUUCCCGCUGUCGGACCACCUCAACUCCACCAAUCAUGCCAUCGUCCAGACGUUGGUGAACUCGGUCAAUUCGAACAUUCCGAGAGCCUGUUGCGUACCGACGGAACUUAGUCCCAUUUCUCUGCUCUACCUGGACGAGUACGGGAAAGUAAUCCUUAAAAACUACCAGGACAUGGUGGUUGAGGGCUGCGGGUGCCGAUGAGAACUAUAUCUACCCAAUGAAGACUUUUAUUUAUACAAAAGAACUUUCAAAGAGCUAUUUUGGAGGAAGAAAAAAAUAUAUGAAUAUAUUUAUGCUGACUGAUCAAAAAAUGGGAAAAUAAAUAUUUUAACGAGAGGUGCUUGCUUUUUCCAGUGGUUCUAAAGAUGUUUUAUUUGUCCCAUGUACAUUUCAAAAUGAGUGCAAAAGCACAUGAAGUAUAAUGAUCAGAUUUUUAUGACAUAUUUAUUGCAUAACCACUUUAUUUGUAAAUGCUGUGUAUUUAUCAUGAAAAAUAUAUGACCUUCAUUCAGUGUGCAUUUGGGAAUACAUUAUUUGAAACCAAAAAAUAAACCAUGGAUGAUGAAGUUCCCUUUCAAAGUCAUGAUAUAACAAAUAUACUGUUGCCUUGACCACUCUAGAGUGCCUUUUGUUAUAUGAAAUCAUGGACUUUUUCUAUAGGCAGUUUCUUUUAUGCUACAUUCAAAUGGUGAUAAUCUGAUAAACAGGACUAAAACAAAACAAAAAACUUGUCAUGCCAAGGCACAGUUUGUCUCUUGAGCUUGCCAGUGUUCCAGCAUGGUCAUACGCCACAGUGGCAUUUUUUGGCACUAUCAGCCUUGACACAGUGUCUGGGGCACUUAAAAGUAACUGAUCAAAUAGAAACAAGAGCAGCAUGUUAGGUAAACCUGAGACAGUGGUGUUUUAAAAAGAGUUAUCAAUCUCAUUUCAUCAGUCAGAAAAUUCAUAUAAGCUUGCAUCGGAUGAUUUUUCCAGUGAUUGAUCCAUUUGGAAAACAGAUACAGUUUUGCAUUCAAAAGAUGUAAUUACAUGUGAUCAAGAGAGAUUUUGAGGGUGAUGUCUGGCUAAUUAAAACAGUCAAGAACCAUUCAAGUCUUUAUCCAGAUGUACAGUGGCCCAAAAAUGUAUUUGGAUCAGCAUCGCCUAAUAGUUCGUACAAGAUGGCGAAAUCAUAAGAUAUUGUAUGACUUGGCUCAUUCAAAAAGGUAUGACUGUUAUCCUAUACAGGCAUACAGUUUUAGCCAGCUUCCUGUCAAACACUUUAUUAUAAGAAAGGAAAUGUCAGGGAACAAAUUUAGCAAUGAAAAUGACUUAUGUCAAUAACCUAUAAUAUGCUUUCCUCGUCUCGUUCCAAACCCAGAUGUUUUAUUUCUUCCAUGGUACACAACAAUGAUUUUCCAAUUAAAAUCAUGGUAAGAUUUAGGGUAUGAGUAAGGGGUUAGAAUUUAAAGUUAGGUUUGGGUUUGGGGUUAAACUAUUGAUCAUUGGUUCGUUUUUCUCUAUGGGAGUAAAAGUCUGACAUUUUUGUAUGAGCCAACUAGUACAAUUUCUUACGAUUUUGACAUCUUGUACUAGUUAUUUAAACUUUUAAAGAGACCGGGUUGCUUUAGAUCACAAAUUAUUAAACCAAAUGUGAUUAUUUUAAAGACAUCUAGCAAGCACACAUUGGAAGCUAAACAUUUAAUAAAAAUAAGUUUUUUUUUGUUUGUUUGUUUAAGGUUUAAAGGGAACUUACUUCAUACCUCC